AUGACAAUACGCUGCAGACAGAGUAAAAUGAGGCACAGCAGCUCUUGGCCCGAUCGAGCGCCGCAAAAAGUGAAGGUGCGCGUCGAUCCCUUAUCCCGUGCCUUUACUAUCAUCCCAACGAGCCGCGAGACGGUAUAUCGAUUGGAACAAACUGCACCGCGAUCUAAUUGCCUGGAAGAAGUCAUCCUUCUAGAUCGAUGCGCCCCAGGAGGAGGAGUCGCGUCCGUGAUGAUAAAACGAAGAUUAAUCGACGGAAGGCCACCUAUAAAUAAGAAACCCGCGAAUUUCUCCGAGAAUUCGUCCGACGCGAAUAACGAGACGAGGGGUAUAAAAAAUACCAGCCGAUAUUUCAUGCCGCGCAGUCUCUCUUUAAUCGAGACAACCGCAGCUCAUCGGAACUCGGUCAUCGUAUUGGAAGAAAACAUUGUCCGAGGUCAAUCGAGAUGUAAGUCGGACACGCACGUGAAGAUUAACGAAGCGAGGACGAGAGACGCGAAAGGAGGCUCCAUCGUGAGAAGUACAUCGGAUACGGAUUUCCCGAGAAAUCUGCAUGUCGGGGAAGAAGCCAAAGAAGCGUCCGCACAACUGAAAAACAAAUCUCCCUCGUUCGCGGCGACGAAUGCCUUUGAUGUCAUAGUGAACGUUGCAAAUGAAAGCCAGCGCACAGUCAGCGUCGCGCAAACAAACAAUUCGCAAACGCGAGAGACGGAUGAGACGAGGAAAAAAUAUCAAACUGCCGUUUCGCCGACGUCCUCUGCGGCGAGAGGACGCACGUCCUCGCCACCGCACAUCAGGGUGGUGGACUACGACGAUUAUGUGACAGCCAUGUCAUUCUCAUCGAAGAACGAUCUUCACGCCUGUCCAAAGUGCACGUCCGAGGGUGUCCUCCGCUCGCAGAUCGAUCCCUUUCGUUACCCUUCGCGCGGCAGAAAAAACGACGCGAACGCGCGCGGCGUUCGACGCGACAAUAAUCUGGUCGGACGUGAAAAAAAGGAGGCGCGCGCCGAGGGGCAUCAAAGCAAGGAUAUCUGGCAGGGGGACCGUCUAAUCGGGGAGGCAAGAAACGUGGAUAGGGACGGUAAAAAGCUGGAGCAACUGAGAAAGAGCUACGACUUGUCGCCGGCGCGACCGACAGUGGACUUCAGAAAGGAGGCUACUUUGAGACGGCAUUAUUACCCCGAGGGAGGCUGGGGAUACGUCAUUGUCACGUGUUCGGUAUUGGUGCAUUUCAUCGGGGUGGGUCUGCAACUCGCCGCGCCCGGAUGCUGGCAUAUAACGGCCGAGCGGAAAUUCAAACAUCCCCCGUUACAUAGCGCAGGAUGGCUCGGGGCAAUGUCGACGGGUGUCGCCCUGCUCGUGUCGCCGGUUACGAUAGCAUUUUGCCGAAGAAAAAGUACGAGAGUAACGGCAGUUUUGGGCGGCCUCGUUACCGCCCUCGGCUGCCUCUUCACUUCUUUUGCCUCGCAAUUUCAUCAAUUGUUCUUCAGCUACGGCACCGUAGUCGGGAUUGGGGUUGGAAUGACGCGAGACUGCAGUACGCUGAUGGUGGCUCAGUAUUUCAAGAGGAAGAGGGAAUUGGUUGAAAUUUUUAUUGUCUCAGGAAGUGGCUUGGGUAUAGCAGUCAUGUCUGCUUUUAUAAAAGGAAUGAUCACUAAAAUCGGAUGGCGACUUGGCCUUCAAGCUGUCACCGGGGUGGUCUUUCUCACCUUCAUUCUUGGCACAUUUUACCGUAGCGCUUCGCUAUAUCAUCCUCAGCGAAGAGCAAUCUUACAUUUGAAGAAUCAAAAGCGCAAGAUAAAGGACAAAAACAAAACCGCUAAUAAACCACCGUUUUUCGAUUUUAGCACUUUGAAAAGUAAAACAGUGCGAAUUCUCUUGGUAUCUACCGGUAUUUCAGCAUUCGGAAUCAACACCCCGAUAUUUUAUCUGGCGCAUCAAGUGGAAGAGGAAGGUCUCGGUGAUACUGUCGUCCUGCUGCAGGCUUAUCUCGGGUUGGCUUGGACUCUUGGUUGUGUAGCUUUCGGGCUUUUGGUCGUGCAUCGCAGCGUUGAAUGCAGAAUAGCUCGUCAGUAUCUUACACAAGCAGCCGUCUUUGUGUGCGGACUCUGCAUUCUCGCUCUUACCGCCGUUCAAGGAAAUUACCACGGAUACGUUAUGUUCGCGUGGAUUUACGGCAUCUUCUGCGGUGGCUAUCAUUACAGUCUGAAGAUGUAUACGUACGAAAGAGUAAGAGCGCGGAACUUCGCCAGAACGUGGGGUUUCGUCCAAUGUUCCCAAGCGAUACCAAUUGCAAUCGGAGUACCAAUAUCGGGAUAUAUAAAUGUGGGUUGCGGUGGUAAGGCUGGCUACUACUUCAGCUCGACAUGCGUCCUGGUUGGCAGUUUUACGCUCUUCUUCAUUGAUUUACAUAGAAGGAAUUUAUCGAAACAUAAACACACGAGAGCUAAUGGUAAAAAACACACGUGCGCCUCGGACAGCUGUCCUCAACGGCGAAAAUUGUCGUUCAGUCAGGAUCCCAAGAACGAGGGACCUUACGUAGCCGCUGCUGGAGCAGCAGGAGCGACGGCUGCGGCACUCGUACUCGGGACCAACAUUGCUCCAGCACAAGGCGAAGGGAUAGAUGCCUUAGGAACAGAUAAGCCGGAACUCACGUGCAUCUCGGAGGAGGGUAUCGCCGACAUGGAUUUACCCGACAAUUUACUGGACUUCGAUUACAUAGGCGAUUGUAUAACUUCGUGCAACAAGGUCGAGAACUACCUUAUGCUCUCGGAAUUCGAGAACAAUCUGAUUGCUGAGAUGCCAAUUAUAAUGGAUCGUCGUGGACGCAGAUGGUCCCUGGGACGAUCCAAGACGAACCAAUCCAAUUGCGGUCAGACUAGUGGCGUUCAAUCAACAACUAAUGAAGAAGAAGUCAAAUCGAAAUGGCGUUUCACGAAUGUACCGCCCAAUGCUAACACCAGAAUGAUCACCGUUAUUGACGAGGCCAGUGCAUAAAUCUAAGCACGGAUUAUGGAACGUCAUUAACCCUAAACUUGGCAGAUUAAAAAAUAAUUACGUGUGAGUUAAUGUAAAAAAAAAAUAAAUAAUAAAGCAAUAUGCAAAAUA